AUGGCAUCAGGCAAAGACUCGGCCAGCCCCCCUGCGGAGACGGGGGGCCUCCCUCUGGACAUCGACAAUGUCCACAUGCUCCUACAAGUUGAGCAGGAGCAAAUUCAGAAGAGAACUUUCACCAACUGGAUCAAUGCUCAGCUUGCAAAGAGGAAGCCGCCCUGCAUGGUGCAGGACCUGUUCAAUGACUUCCGUGACGGGGCACGGUUACUGGACCUGCUGGAGGUGAUGAGCGGCCAGCGCAUGAACCGGGAGAGAGGCCGAGGUGUCUUCCAGCACAGGAGUAACAUCGAGACAGCCUUGGCCUUCUUGAGGAGGAAAUCGAUCAAGCUGGUGAACAUCAACAUUCCUGACAUCAUCGACGGCAAACCAUCCAUCAUCCUGGGCCUCAUAUGGACGAUCAUUCUGCACUUUCAUAUUGAGGAGCUGGCCAGCACGCUGUCCUUCAGUUCACGGCAGUCCUCCCUGGAGUCCCUGGCCAGCCUGGACUCGCGGUCCUCCAGCAGCAGCAGUCCUGUUCCGCGGAGAGGGUCGCCCCUGCACACUCGCUUCCGCAUCUCAGCCAAGAAAGCCCUGCUGCUGUGGGUCAGGGAGCAGUGCCACAGGGCCGGCUGCACCCUUAAUGUGAAAGACUUUAAAUCCAGCUGGCGGAGUGGUGUGGUUUUCCUGGCUAUGCUGGCUUCUCUUCGCCCUGAUGUGGUGGACCUGUCCAAGGCCAGAAACCGAACAAACAGGCAGAACCUGGAGGAGGCCUUCCGGAUCGCCGAGCAGGAGCUUCACAUCCCCAAACUGCUGGAGCCUGACGAUGUUGACAUCAGAGACCCCGAUGAGAAGUCCAUUAUGACAUAUGUGGCCCAGUUCCUGCAGUACUCCAAAGACAUGCCCAUGUCUGAGGAGGACGUGCAGAUGCACUAUCUGACUCCACCUAAGAGUCUCUCCCCUGUCAACCUGCCAACUCACUUCACUCCUGCCAUCUCUGCCUCCCCUCUGCGCCAGGCUCACCUGCUCCAACCCACUCCUAUCAGAGCAGCACCUUACCAAAAACCCGAGCCCUCCACACCUGCUCUUCCAGUGACCUCCACCAAUCAGAAGAUUCGAGAGGUGACCUGCUGGCUGGUACAGGCCUAUCAGGAGCUGCUUGAAGGGUGGGACUCCACUGAAGGCGAGAGCUAUGCAGAAAGAUACCAUGUGUUCCAGACCUUUGUGGUGUCCUUCAAUGAGCAGCGGCGGCCGGUGAUGCCCCUGCUGACCGCCAUGCGGCGCACCCCUCAGCUGAGCGAAGAUCAGCGUGCCUUGAGAGGGGCCUGGGACGCCCUUGCCGAAAAGCUGCGGGAGUACAAGACGGAGCUGGACCUGAGUCUGCCUGCCCCCCUGGACGCAGUGGGCAAGUGGCUGCUGCGUGUGGAGGGGGUGCUGAACGAGGACGACAGAGACAAGCCAGACCACGCCCGAGCCGCCGAGGAAGCCAGAGAGAAGAUGGAGCUGCUCAAGACCUCAAUGGAGGAGAUGGGUCAUCAGCUGAGAACCUUUAACUCGUUUCAAAACAUGGAUGAGUAUGGUGCCAUUCUGGUGCCAGCAGAUAAACUGGAAGAGAUUAAAAGAAGGUUCACCAGUGUUCGCGUCACAGCCAAGUAUCACGGAAUCAAACUGGAGUACCAGGAGCACCGGCACACGGUCCUGGACCUCCUGGGCCGGAUCAACACCAAGCUGCGCUCCUGGAAGCGGCCGUACAGCUCCCCGGAGGCCGUUCGCAUGCUGCUGCAGGACUGGCAUGACACUGUGGAGAAGCAGGACCUGGUUUCUCUGCUGGAGGCUGCCCUUCAGAAACUGAAACUUAUCGCCAGCAAGUACACCAGCAAAUCUGCCCUGGCGGCAGAUGCCAGCCUCAUUGCCCGGCAGAUGAAGGAGCUGGAGGGUGAGAGUGUGGUGAGCCUGGAGGCGGUCACCGCGGUGAAGAGCACAAUGCGCCGCGUGCUGUCUGCGUGGGGCUCCUACUGCGACUCGCUGAGCUCUCUGCAGGCCUGGCUCGAGCAGGAGUCUCACUCCCACAGCCACUCCCAAAGAGCAGAGGUGACAUCCGAGUGUCUGUCAGAGUGGACCUCCCGCCAGGCUCACCUGAAUGAGGUGGGGAACUUCCUGACUGAGGUGACAGAUCCACAGACCAGUCGUGCCCUGGCAGAGGAACUGCGAAGAGUCAACAUGCAGUGGGCCGACUUCAUCAAACGAACCAAAUUUGCCAUAGAUUCCCAGGCCAGCAGCAGCCCAAAGAGCCCUCAGGCUGUACAGGCCCUGUGUCGUGAAGCAACCCAGCUGAUGAAGGAGCCAGUGGAGGUGUUGUCUGGCCCUUUACGCACCUACCGGAAGAGGCUGCAGUUCAUGAUGAACAGGAUAAAGGAGGUGGACUUUGACUCUCUCACCCAGUCCCCUGACUGCUCAGCUGAGACUUUGCAAAAACUCAGAAACACCGUCCCUGAGGUGAUGCAGACACUGUGCAGAGCGGAGCAGGUCUGUGAGGAGCUGCAGCAGAGUGUGGCAGGGUUGGACGGCCGACUGGCGGAGCUACAGCUGUGUGAGACAGAGGCGAGGGAGGUGUAUCAGCUCCUGAAAGAGGGGGAGCGGAGACCCAGCCAGGGUCAGGACCCUAGGGCCAGGGACUUUAUCUCUCGAGGCUUGCAGCUGGAGGGGCAGGUGGUGACUGAGGAGCAAGACCUCCAGGUUAUGGUGAUGACUGCACAGAAGAACUCUCCUCUACAGUACCUGAUAGAAACUGUGAUGCAGGACAGAGUCAGAGCAGCAGUAGCGCGAUCACAGGAGGCUGUAGGGAUGCUCAGCUCUCUUGGUGCUAGACGAGAACGAAGCCCUGCUGAAGACCAACCACCCCCCAAGAUAUUCAUCCAGACAUACUCUGAGGAUGAGCCUCAGACUCAGGCUGACAUCCAGUCCCAGCCUGUCCCUCACCCCCAGGCUCAGCCUGUAGCUCAACCCCAGCCUGUAGCUCAGCCUCAUCCCCAGCCACUGCCUCAGCCCCAGCGUCCACCUCAGCCUCAAGCUCUGCCUCAUCCUCAGCCCCAACACCUAGCUCAGACUGUAGCCCAACCCAAAUCUCUUUCUGAGGCCCAGAGUCAACCUCAGUUCCAUCCCUUGCCUCAGAUCCACAUUCAGGAAUACACCGAGCCACAGCCACAGUCCUACACCUAUGCACAAGCCGUGGCUCACUCACUGCGUAAGCCCCAAUCAGAACCUGAGCCUCAGCCACAGCCAAGGGUAGACAUCCCAGCUGAAGCCCCCCCCACGGUCCAAGCUCAUACCGCAGUCCACAGCCAAGCAGUGUCUAGGCCUCAUGCCCACACCCAGGACCAGUUCCAGGCUGAUACCAGGGCUCCAGUCCAACCUGAGCAACAGUCUCAACCCCAUGUUAUUACAAUGGGACAAGGUCGUCCCCAGCCCCAAGUCCAAGCACAGACUCACCCCCAGGUCCAGCCCCAAGUCCUUGCUCAAACUAACAAUCAACAUCAGUGGCAACCCUCACCCCAACAUCAAGUCCAGAGCCACCAUCCCCUAUCCCCACCACAACCUGGCUACCAGCCUGAACCUCAGCCUCCUGUCAAGAUCUCCCAUCUCCAGACCUCAACCCAGUCACAGCCUAAAAAGUCCCAGCCCUCUGUCCAGACCCGACCUUGGCUCCAAAAAAGGGGGCAGGCCCAGGGUCCGCCACAGGUGAAACCACAGCCACAGGAGAAGAUCCAACCCCAGAUGCAGACUCAAGCCCCGGUCCAGCCACCACCAUGGAGUAUUACCAGAACUGAAGGAUUACCCCAGCCGUAUUCCUACACCCAAGCCCAGAUUCAGAAACAGCCCACGGCCCAGACCCAGACCGAGGCCCGAGUUCAGCCAAAGCCCCAGACCCAGGCACAGCCUCAUGCCCAGACUAAGGCUCAGGUCCAGCCUCCUCCAUGGGCCCGUAGUAAAACUGAAUCACUGCCUCAGAUUAACCCGCAGGUCCAGGCCCAGGUCCAGCCUCAGAUCCAGGUCCAGCCAUACCCACAGCACCAGGAUCAAACCCAGCCACAAAGUGUACCUCGCACCAAGGUCCCAGCCCUGGCACAGGCCCCUCCCCAGGCUUACACAGAGGCUUACAGCAAAGCGCAGGCUCUGGCCCGAGACAGGUUUGAGGAAGCCAAGCAUUGUCUACAAGACCACAUACUGGAGGUCAUUACAAUCUUCAAUGACAAACAAAUUUCAGAAGAACAAGCAGAAAAAAAGGAGGAGACCCUGAAGGCACUGGACCCUGAGCUCCUGGAGGAGUUCCUGCGAGCAGCAGAGGGCAUGGAGGCCUUCUGCACAGUGGCUCAGCUCAGAGACCUGGAGUUUUUCACUGAAUCAGUGAGGACACAGUGGGAGGCGUGCUUCUCUACGGAGGGCAGCCUGGCCCAGGCGGGGCAACAGCUGGAGGCGCUGAAGGAGCUGUGUGACACGCUGAGCCCCGAGGACGCACACCGCCUGGCCAAGGCGCAGCUGCAGGAGUGCGAGAGGAGGCUGGCGGCCAUACAGCGGCAGUUCAGCGGUGACAGGGACACGCCACCUCCUGACGCUGGGCACCCUGUAGAAGUGGCUGCGUACAGGACUGAGCAGAGAGAGUCUGUAGUACUGCUUGCCUCUCCACAUGAGAGAGUCAGCCCUCAGGUUUCUCAGGUGAUUAUUGGGGCAGACACUGUAGAGGUGAAGCAGGUGGCUGAGAAGAUUCACAUUGAAGAUGAGGCUGCUAGACAGGCGGCAUUGGAAAGAUACUGCCACUCAAGAAGCGCCUUCAUGGCCCAGCUGGCCAAGAACAAUGAGAAUCUUAAAUCAUUUCCCUCAGGAGCUGUUUCCUCUACCGUUCUGCAUACCCAAAUGCAGGACCUGCAGGCUCUGGAGGAGGAGACAGAGAUGCUGCUGUACAAGUUUGCUUUACAAUGUUCCCAGCGCUCCCAGUUUAAGGGAGAAGAACGCAGCAUGGAGCAGGACAAGACUGAGCUGAUGCAGCAGUGGCAAGAUCAGCAGCACCGUUUACAGGGGAGGAUGAAAUCUCUCCGAACAGCUGUAGGGAUAAUCGACCCUGUGGAGAAACAGAUCUCUCAUAUCUCCGAACACCUGGAAAACUUCAUCAAGAAACCCAAGGAUGUCACUGCUUUCUCUCUGACCGACACCAACUGUCUUCAAGACAUUAAGAAUCUGGACAAGGACAUCCAGCGUGAGAUGGACCGGCUGUCGGGACUGGACCAUGAGGAGGGCCAGAUGCUGAGAGAGCUUGACCCAGAGGACCGGGGGCCUGUCAGCCACAUGGUGCUGGGCUGCAGGCACAGUGUGGACCUGCUGAGGCAGCAGGUGAAGAAGAGCGAAGCGGCCACCCGGGCCCUGGACCGGUUCCUCAUGUCCCUGCGCACCGUGGAGCAGGAUAUCUCCGGCACACGGGCCGCGCCCUGCGAGGACGCCGAGGCGGUGCGGGACUGCCGCUCCAGGCUGGCCCUGAUCCGACCGAGCCUGCUCAGCAUGCGGGACAAGGCCCCGCAGCUGGACCUGCUGCUGGAGGGGGCGGGGCUGUCCGUCAGCCAGGGCGGCGCGCCGGCCUCCUGCCUGGACAUGGUGUCGGUGCUGGUGCGGAGGCUGGAGGGCGCGGACGCCGGCCUGGCCAGGCAGCAGCAGAGCCUGCAGCGGGAGAAGGAGGCGCGCUCCCUGGGCCUGCGGAGGAGGACCCUGCUGGGGGCCCUGCGAGAGCUGCAGGGGGCCGCCGAGCGCCAGGGCCUGAAGGAGCCCACGCUGCCCGCUGUGCAGCACAGGCUGCGCGCGCUGGCGGACGUGGAGAGCGGCCUGGUCGCCCUCCGCUAUGAGCUGCAGAGCCUGCGGGACACUGGGCAGGAGGGAGACGCCGCUGCCGAGCUGCAGCAGCAGUGGGAGGACACCCAGAGAGCCGUGACCGAGGGGCAGGAGCAGAGCCGUGCGCUUAUGGAGCUGCUGAAGAAGUUCCAGAACUGCCGCAGCCGCCUGGGCGGCACACUGCAGAGGGCGGAGCAGACCAUCAGCGAGCAGGCCUCCUACAUGGGGAAGGACAACCUGCAAAGGCUUAUAGCUACGGUCCGGGGCAUAAAAGAAGACUUGGGCGGCCUUGGCGAGGGGGUGGAAGAGAUCAGGGGUGUGUGCAGGCAGCUGCAGUCCCUGCUGAAGAAGAUCCCGGAGUGCGCGGACGCGCCGUUCGAGAGCGAGGCCGACGCCCUGGUGGACCGCUGGCUGGACGUGUCAGAGAAGACAGACUCCCACAUGGACAACCUGCGGGUGGGGCUAGAGAUGUGGGACAAGCUGCAGAUGCUGGGGGGUGAGGUGGACAGCUGGAUGGGCAGCAAGAUGUCCAUGUUUGCAGAGAGACACCCCUUCCAGUGUGAGGAAGAGAUCAUAGCCCUGCAGGAUGAGAUUCAAACUCAGGAGGAAAAUAUAGAGCGCUUCCAUCGGAAGUCCGCUGAGAUCCAACAGCUCCUGCAAAGCAAAGAGUCUCCGCUGGAGCUGCAGGUGAUGGAAACCCAGCUGAGGAAGAAGAUGGAGCAGGUGAAGGAGCUCUUCUCCGACAGCAGCGACGUGUUCCAGGAGCUGAUGGCAGUGAGGCAGCACAUCACCGAGAGGAUGAAUGAGUGUCAGUCCUCCCUGCAGUCCAUUCAGUCCUCUCUGAGCGCGCUCAGUGCAUCCGAAAACCCUCAGCUACCCACACAGAUCCAGGAACUGUCUGCGCAGCUGCAGUCAGAGGCAGAGCAGGCCGACUGCCUGCUCAAAGAGGUCAGCCUCAUGGCCAGCGUGGCCAGCCCCAGGGCCCUGCAGGCGCUGACAGCGCAAGGAGUCCGGCUGAAGGAGAGCAUCCGCAGCACCAAUGAGAUGAUCGAUCAGAGGAAGGAGCAGGCGGAGAGAGGCUUCCUCAGGGUGAUCAAAGAUGAGUGCCAAGCAUUUGCGGACUGGUUCCAGGACCUGCAGCUCUUGGUGAACGAGUGUUUUGAGAACCCAGAGAAGAGGCAGGAUGUGGAAGCAUCAGUGCAGAAACUGACUGGUUUCCUGGAGUACAAGGAGGGGGAGAGGAGGCUGGGGCGGCUGAAGGAGCGCAUGGCGAGGGCAGAGGAGCAGCUCUCCUCAGAGCAGCUGGCGCCGCUUAACGUCUGGCUGCAGGAGCAGGAGGAGGAGCUGACCACCUUCAGGACACACUGCCAGGAGAGACACAGCCACCUGGAGGCCUGCCUCCGCACAUUCAACAGUCUCCAGGAUGAAUACAGCCACGUCAAUGCAUGGCUGCAGGCCAGAGAGCACAAGUCCGUGCAAGGGGAGGAGCUCAGUCGUUUACACGAGGAGGUUCUUAAAGAAAGGGAGCGUGUGGAGGGCCUUAGUGUCCUGGUGGCGGCGGUGCGGAGGCAGGGCCUGAGGGGUGACAGCCUGGUGAGAGAGAGCGGUGACCUGCUGGAGCGGUACCGCAGCCUGCAGGACCGUCUCAGCAGACAGGCGGAGGCUCAGACCGCCCUCGCCAAGAAGGUGCAGGCGUUCGAGGCCCAGGCAGAGAGCGUCAGGGCCUGGGUGAAGGACCUGCAGCAACGGGUGCACUCCCUGGGCAGAGCCACCAAAGGCAGCCAUGCUGAGAUUGAGGACAGGCUACAGCAAGUGAAGGCUCUUCUGAACGCCAGGUGUGAAGGAGACUCCAAGCUGCAGGAGCUGAGGCGGAGCGGGCAGAGUGUGUCCCAGCAGCGGGGUCUGGAGGAGAGCAGGAGGAGGGAGGUCCUGCAGGCAGUGAAAGAUGCGGAGGAGCAGUGGAAUGAGGUCAUGAAGGCUGCAGAGGAGCUGUGCAGCCAGGCUGUGGCCCAGAGUGCUCUGGCCCAGGAGGAACAGGUGUUUGAGGCCCAGGCAGAAAGCACCAGGGCCUGGAUCAGAGACCUGCAGCAGCAGCUAGACUCUCUGGGCAAAGGCACUGAAGGCAGCCAAGCUGAGCUUGAGGAGAGAGUCUACAGAGUUAAGGCUCUUCUGAACGCCAGGUGUGAAGGAGACUCCAAGUUGCAGGAGCUGAGGCGGAGCGGGCAGAGUGUGUCCCAGCAGCGGGGUCUGGAGGAGAGCAGGAGGAGGGAGGUCCUGCAGGCAGUGAAAGAUGCGGAGGAGCAGUGGAAUGAGGUCAUGAAGGCUGCAGAGGAGCUGUGCAGCCAGGCUGUGGCCCAGAGUGCUCUGGCCCGGGAGGAACAGGUGUUUGAGGCCCAGGCAGAAAGCACCAGGGCCUGGAUCAGAGACCUGCAGCAGCAGCUAGACUCUCUGGGCAAAGGCACUGAAGGCAGCCAAGCUGAGCUUGAGGAGAGACUUCAAAAAUUCCAGGCUCUUCUGAACGCCAGGUGUGAAGGAGACUCCAAGUUGCAGGAGCUGAGGCGGAGCGGGCAGAGUGUGUCCCAGCAGCGGGGUCUGGAGGAGAGCAGGAGGAACGAGGUCCUGCAGGCAGUGAAAGAUGCAGAGGAGCAGUGGAAUGCGGUCAUGAAGGCUGCAGAGGAGCUGUGCAGGAAUUUGCAGGGUGUCGUGGAGCGCUUGAUGUCCUGCCUGUACCAGAAACAGCAGGCCCAAGCCAGAGUGGAGCAGCUCCAGCGCCAGACAGCAGAGCUCCCCCGGCAGUUCCCCUGGCCUGGGCUGGGUGACAGGCGCCAGGCCAUGGAGCAUGCGCGCAGCCUGCUGGACCGGAGCAGGGCCCUCACCCCGGCCCUCUCCGCCCUCCGUGCCCAGGGGAUGGAGCUGUUCCAGCUGACACACGACCCCAGCUGGACUGACCCUUCCUGGGCUGCCCUGGAGGAAUGUUCCCCCUGUCUUCUGAAAGACCUCACGGAGUGCUGUCGGAGCCUGGAGGAUGGCAUCCAGACCGAGCGGCUCUGUGCUCAGCUGCUGGAGCAGCACAGUGCUGCACAGGACUGGCUGCAGGAGCAAGUGCGAGGAAUAGGACCCCUGCCCAACGACAGACAUGGCCUUCAGAGCACCAUCAACACUCUAAAGGCCCUGCUGCAGACUGCAGACAGGGAGGAGCGGGAGAUGAGGGAGCUGGAGUCUGUGAAAGACUCCCUGCUGGGCCAGUGCAUCCCGAGUGGCCAGGCUGCCCUGGCGGAAGAGGUCAGCCGUUUGCACGAGCGGAGGGCCUGCUCUGAGAAGGAGGUCCGGGACAGGCUGCGAGACUGUGAGGCCCGCCUGCGGGAGCUGGAUGCUGAGCUGGACAGAAGGGCCCAGCGACUGCGAGAGGAGGCCGGAGGCCUGCAGGCGGAGCUGUGCAAGCUGGGCCAGGGCUUGGGCUACGGCCAGCAGCAUGCCAGCAUCAGCCAGCUCCAGGAGCACUGGCACGACCUUAAGAGCUGUGAGAGGCAUUUGGAAAAGCUGGGGGUCAAAGUUCAGUCACUGCAGCAGGCUGCAGAAUCUGAGGAAACGCUUCCUGGGGAUGUGAUUGCCAUCGUGGCCACAGUGGCACAGGAGCACAGCAGGCUGAGGUCCCAGCUGUCAGAGAGGCUGGAUGGCUGUGCAGAGAGCACAGCACAGUGUUUGAGGGAGUCUCUUGAGGCCGUGCAGCAGUGGAAUGAGUCCGUCCGCACACAGGGGUUCACAGACUCUUCCCACACCAUCCAGGCUGCUCUGGAAGAGGGGGAGCAGCUGAGGCGUGUCCUGCAGGAGGCGCUGUCUGACCGUCAGUUCCUGAAGGACAGUGUGGGGCUGGGUGAGGUGGACAGGCUGGAGAGGGAGAGCUCUGAUGCCCUAAGGGAAAGCGCCACACAUACAGCCACACUGACACAGAGUCUUCAGAAUGUGGCGGAGAAGAAGAAACAGGAAGUGCUUGAACAUGCAUCUGCAGGGACCAUACCAGUCGCAGAGCAGCAGAUCCAAAUGAGCCAAGUGGAAACACAGGUGCAGAAACACACACACAAGAUUUGCCCUCCAAGUGAAGAGGUGGAUGGGUCAGGUGUGCAAGCUGGAAUCAACCUUCAUGAGGCUGAGAAACGCCUACCAAUGCAACAACCUCUUUCAUCAUGGUCUGCUGAGACAAAGAUUGUGGACAGAGUCCCUUAUGUUAACAAGGUGGAACUUGAGCAUCAGCAUGCUACAGCACAGUCGAGUGAACUCCCCUGCACAGAGACUGUGGACAAAACCAAACCAGACAUCUGGGGCAAGCACACUACAAUAGCAGGAGUUGAUGCUGACAUGAGCAGGCCUCAAAGCACUGAGAUGCAACAAACAGGUGCUGACACCCAGCACACUGGAAUGUGGCCCACUGACAAAGUGGCUACUAUCAUACUAAACACUGAGAUAGAGCAGAUUCAGAUACACAAGACUGAUAUUCCCCGUGUUGAUCUGCCACACCAUGAAAUUGACAGAAAGCACAGUGAUACUGUCCCUUCAGUGAGACAUGCUGGGGAGUUAAAGGAUGGCAAGACCUUAGAGACUGAGACUGAACAAAUUGAUGGAGGCCAGUGGCAAAGUGAUACCCAGAAAGUUAAGAAAGCUGCUGCAAUUCAUCCAAAGGAUGAUUUCUCAAACAUUUUUCCUCAAUCUAGUGAGACUCAGCAAAAGGACAGGCCUGAGGGGUUUAACACAUCCACUUCUGUCAAAAAUAGUCUUGAUGCUAAGAUGGAGCUUGCUAAGGUUCCGGAUACUUUUACUGACAGAGAAGAUCAUGUGAGCGUGCCUUCUUCACAGUCAAACAAAGUGGCUGUGGUCAUUCUGGACACUAAUAUUCUGCAUAUUCAGACACUGGAGACACCACAGUCUAAAAGUAGUGACACCCUACGCAUUGUGUCCUCUGGAACACAAGGGUUUGAUACCACACUGACUCCACUAACUGAAGCAGAGGACACAAAGUCAAGACCAUCCGAUAUUACAGGACACACUGACUCAUGGUCUGGAGAUACUUCAAAACACACACUCAGCCUGCCUAUCAAUACUGCACUGCACAUUGUAACAGAAGGGACUAUAGCAGAGUCCAGUGAAAGCAAACAGCCCACAGAGGAAUUGGGCGAUAUUCUUCAGCUGAAAGAAAUGCCAGGCAUGGAGACGCUGCAGAAGGAGACACCACUCCCUGAGCAGAUCCACAUUGAGGCAGGGCCAGUGCUUGACAAGACAAUUCAGCCUCAGACUUCUCAAACUGAGCCCACUGAACCGCUGAGAGAUGGAAUCAUAGAGUCCAGGCUAUAUCAGAGCUCAUACCCCAUAGAGGAAAUCCAGCGCAGAUACAUUAUACUGGAUGUGCCUGAAGAACCCGAGGCAGAGAAAGUGGUUUCUGAGAAACCUGGGGUUCUGCACGAGGAAACCCAGGACGAUGUGGUCCAACCCAGUGGACAGCCGACAGAAUACUCAGAACCCAUGCAACAGGAGGAAGAGCAGAAGUCAAGGAUGAUGUACACUGAUACAGCAUACCUAGAUCAAGAACAUCCUGCUACCCCCGAGACCCUCGGCCAGCCCUCUGAAACUCCUCGGAAGACAAUCACCGAGCCCGGGGAGGGUGUGAUUACGGAGGACACUGUACAUCGCAAUACCGAGAGAGGGGACAGUGUGCCGGAGCAAACUGGGGCAGAGCAAGCUCAGGUUGAGCAUGCUGAAAUACCCAAGGCUCUGCAUCCAGACACCAGGGAGGCAGUAGCACAAGAGAGGAGAGAUGGAAGAGGAAAAGAAGACAGUGAAAGGAGGGCAGCCUCAGACAUCUCAGACACAGCAGCCGGGAUCACGGAGGACAGAGAGAUCAGCAACCUAGAGAGCAUCAACCUACAGCAGGAGCAGGAAGAAGAUGCCUUAUCGAAACCACAAGCUCUGCAUGAAGCAGCUCACACUGCUGCUGAGGAGGUAAUGCCUGAAUCCAGGGACAUUGGGGAGAGUGAGGACCUACCGCAGGACCUGCCUCAUGGCCCUACCAUGCAGGAGAUCUUCACUGAGAUACAGCAGCUGGUAGAAGUAGGACCCAAUAACCUUCUCAUUGAGGAAAAGCCUCUCAGGGAAACAGCUGGAAAUUUGGAUACUUCACUCAGAGACUUGGAAAUUCAGCUAAGCCACACAGUCCUCAGGAUUCUAGGCUGCCAUAAUCGCCCUGCCCAACUUAACACCUUGGCCAUGUCCAAGCAAGUGGAAGAGGCGGAGGACUGCAGACAGUGUGCCCAGGAGCGCGUGGCAGCAUUGUCCCGGAUGGGUGAAGUUGAGGGCAGAGACUCAGAGACACAGAACAUGGGGGGGCAGUGGAGCGCCACCCUCUGGGACUCCUCCGCAGCUGUGCACACCAAAGAAGCCCAGCUUCAGCUGGUCAUACAGUAUCACAAGCAGACGCUCGCUGCAAAAGCCACCUUGGAGAAACUUACAUCUGAGCUGGAGGCACUGAGAACGGUCCCUGUGGAAAGCAGCUCACUUGAAGCAGAAAAACUCCGUGCCAUCCUGCAGGACCUGGAGCAGGAGAGAACUGUGAUAGGAGAGCUACUCCAGACGCAUACCAAAUUGUGUCCCCACCUGAACCAAGCAGACAGGGCAGUGGCACAGACCCAACUGGAGCAAAUACAGGGGGAGUGGAGAGCGCUGGAGAGAGCGGCAGAGAAAAUGCUGCAUCAUGUUUCUGUCCACAUUCAAGAAACCAGUGGCCUUCUCCUAGAAGCACAAGAGCUUGGCAGCCAGCUAGAAAGUCUGAGAGAGUCUCUGGGCCCUCCUCAGCCCUCCCCGGUGCAGUGGGACAGCCGGAGAGCGGGACAGCUGAUGGCCAUAGGCUCUGCUCUGACCGCCGCCGACCAGCAUUACCUUCACUUGCAGCGCAGCUAUGAGGCUAUUUCUGAGAGUCCUCAUGGAGAGAAGGAGAAGAAGGACAUCGUGCAGGCCCUCCAUUGUGUGAAGGAACAGCUGGAACACCUGCAGGCACAGAUCUCCACGCAAACUCCCAGCAGCAGCAAUGCAACCCUGGGGAAGAUCGUGAAGGUCAUGCACGAUGCAUUCACCUGGGCGAAGCAGACAGAGAGUGACAUUGAGGCGAAGAAGAAGGUUGCGCUUCUCCCAGAGGAGGUUCACAGUCAGAUCAAAGGCCUGAAGAAGCUGCAGUCCGACAUCUCAGCGAAGCAAUCCCAGCUGGAGUCUUUAGUGGAGGAGGUGAGAGAACUUACGCCCGAGCUGGACGAGAAGGACAUCCCCAUGGUGAUGUCCUCACUGGACACUCUGGAGGAUCUGGCCAAGUCCACUGCUGAGAAGUUAGCCCGUGCUCUACAGGUGAUGGAGUCCGGCUUGCAAUCGAGAGAGAAAAUGUCUGAGCAAAUUGCUGAUGUGGACUCCUGGGUGGUGGCUCACACCCAAAAAGAGACUGCCAGGGAGCCUAAUGGCAAAGGCAGCAUAUCAGACUUGGAGCGCAAGCUCCGCCAGCUCCAGGAGACCUUGAGGGAAGCAGACAAACAGGCAGCAGUCACUGAGGCACUUCUGAUGAGGAGCAGAGACAUUGCUCCAGAGCUGGAUAUUGAUGAGAACUGUUACCUGAACGACAAACUCAUGAGCCUUCAAGAGAAUAUCAGAGGCAUCAUCAGUUAUGAAAAGGCAAACUGCCGGGAACUGGAAGAGCUUCUCCAAGCACAGGAUGCCUCAAUGAAAAAACUCACCUUAGUGGAAAAUAGUUUGAGGCAGAUGUCAGUGGAGUUGAAGAAGUUUAGGUUCCCCAUUACUAAAGACUCCCUGUGUGCUUUAGAGCCCAUAAAACACAUGAUAAUGGAGCAGAAGUAUCAGGUGGACCAAUUGCGUCACUGCAGAGAGGACAAGAGGAGAGAGCUGCUGUCUGUGAUUGCUGAGCUGCAAAAGAAAGUAGAUGCAUUAGCUCAUAAAGCUCAGGAACAUGAAAAAUAUUUACGCCACAGGCAGCGUAUUGAGGAUCUGAAAGAAAACGUGGAGAAGCAAGUCCUUCGAAUGAAAGAUGAAAGCAUCGACAAAGAAGAGCAGUACAAGAGCUGCCAAGCUCUCCUCACACAGUUUCCGCUGAUCAGGAGCCACUGCCAGGCGGCCGCUGAAGAGCUGCAGAACAUCUCAUCGGAUCUCUACCCAUCCCAACUGAGCUGUGAGCGUCAGAGACUUAAACAGUUCACGGACAGCUUCUCCACCUGGGAGCUGACCGUCCACAAUGAUGUCAAGAUUCUGGAGUGGGUGCUUCAGAAGAGCCUCCAUUACCCCACUGAGUACAAAGCCAUGGUGGACUUCCUCAAACAGGCUAGUAGCCAGCUGGAGCAGCCAAUCCCAGUGGAGCUGACAGAGCAGGCCCUUGACAGAGAGCUCUUGAAGUGUGUGACUAUUCGGAAGAGUGUAGAAUCUAGAGCACGGGUGCUGGAGGCUCUAGAACAUAGGAAUGGAGCCAGAGAAAAGGGACAGAGAAAGCAUAGUGACCUGGCAGACCUGACAAAGAGGACUGUGAAUGGCUGUGAAGGCCAAAUGAACUGCUUGUCCCAGGUGCGGCAGAUGUUACGAAGUUACAGCACGGCUGUCAGAGGUGCCGUCAGGCUCCUGCAGGAGGCGGAGUCCAGGCUGCUCCUCCCUCUCAGCUGUAUCGGGAGCUGCUCGGAGGAGCUGCAGCACACCCAGCGGUCUCUGGCCGCCCUGGACGUAGACUUCCAGUCCCACAUCAACCAGGUCCAGACUUUAGUCCCCCAGCAUGCCUGCCUCUCUUCCCAGCAGGUAGAGCAGCUUCACAUCAAAGUCCUGAGUCAGCUCCUGGUGCGGGUCUCCACACUGCAGGCCCAGGCCCGGCUCAGAAUGGAGGCCCUGCAGAGGUGUACCAAAAAUCAGAAAAGCUACACAAAAUCUCACAAAAAGAUCUGCCAGCAUUUGAAGACAAUAGAGAGUACACUUGCAGAGUGCAUCUCUCACAAUGCAACCUCUUACAAAGCAUACUUGGAGCAGCAGGAAAAACUUAAGGCGUUGGUUCUGGAUGUGGACACCCUGACUGGGAAGCUGGGAGAGCUACAGGAGUGGUGUCCAGAGAGGAGAUGCAGUGGGAGCAGGGAGGAGGCUGUGACCGCCCUCUGGAGGCAGUGGUCAAAGCUACAGCGCUGUGCCCAUUACCUGAAGGCACGCUCAGACCAAAGAGGAGCAGAGUGGAGAGACAUCACUAAGAGUCUGGAGAGGGCCGCCAUCGUUCUGGACCAACUGCAGGAUGAGUUGCCAGACACCUCCAGAGUAAAGAUCCCCUUGGAGGAACUGCAGGAGCUGCUAGUGUGCACAGAGCAGUACCAGGACCGGCUGGACUGCGAGCACCGUGCACUAACUGCUUUGGAGCUGCGGGUGGCCCGUCUGCUGGGUGUCCCCGCCCAUCAGGAACAGACUCCGCCCAUCCAGCUCUGUCAGGAGCUGCAGGCAAUGCAGAGCCGCUACAGGAACCUGAAAGAGAAGAGCAUGCUGGGGCGGCAGGCAGCGCACUUGGAGGUGCAGGAACGGGAGCAGGUGAAGGAAGAGAUCCGCGGGGUGAAGGAGUGGCUGGUGGCUGCCAUAUCCCUGCUGACCGUCAUGGACAACCUCCCCAGCACUCAGGACCUGCAGGAGGUCCAGACACAGUUGGGAUCCCAGAAGGCUGCCCUGCAAGGCAUCAUGGAUAACCUGAGGAUGAAGUAUUCAGACAUGUACAGCCUGGUCCCUGUGGAGAUUGAGGGGCCACUGCAGGAGGUCACUCGCUCCCUGCAAGAGGUGGAGGAGAAGGUUGGGGAAGCGAUGGAGAAGAGUGGCCCUCUCUGCCGCCUGGGUGGCAGGGUGGAGGAGAUCAGGGUGGGGCUGCAGUCAGUGCUGGCCCUGCUGGAGCAGAAGAGCUUCACGGUGGCUGAGGCCGAGAGUAGACAGAAGCGUGUGUGGGAUGAGUUGGACAGAUGGCACUCACGCAUGGCGGCGCUAGAGGUGGAGGUGCAUGACUUAGCAGAGGAGCAUCCCGAGGAGGCCCAGAUCCUGACCGAUAAACUGAUGGAGCCACUGCAGCUCUACCAGCAUGUGGCCAAGCAAGCAGAGCAGAGGACCACCUUCCUCAGCAAGAUCCACACCUGCCUGCAGGAGCAUGAGGAAAUGAUCAAGAGUUCUAAGAGCUGGCUGAGCGAGGCCCAUGACUGGCUGACUGCUCCAUGCAUCUAUGUCAGUGCCAAGUGCCUGGCCAGCCAUGUCAGCGCCCUGCAGAUGGUGCUGGAUGACUCUGAGCAGAUGAGGCGGACUCUGCAGGGCUUUGCGACCGUGCUGCAGGAGAUCUCCUCUGUGUGUGACAUGGCUGCUCGGGAGGAGCAGCUGGCCCAGGCUGACCAGCAUGUUGCUACCAUGCAGCAAGGCAUUGUGGGGCAGCUGUCACAGUACCAGCACGCCGCCGCAGAGGUGGAGGCCAUUGAGACUGAAGUGGAAAAGAUGGAACAAAACUUGAAUAAAAUCAGGGCUGUUUUGUCCUCUCAAGACUCCACCACGUCGCCAGAAGACCGCCAUGCAAGCCUGCAGAUGGUCCUGGGCGAAAUUGAAUCGAUGAAGAGGACUAUUGCUGAGAUCCAGAUCUGUAAGCCGGGUCUGUGUCUGCCAGAGGGGGCAGAGGAAACCCUGACUGUCUUCCAAAGGGUCCAGCAUCUCCUGCAGCAAAUCCAGGCAUUGGAAGGAGUGAUCAAAGAGAAGAACCCCACCCUGAGGCUGACCAUUGGACAGGCAGUGGAGCUGAGUGAGCUGUCCACCUCUGCUUCAGAGGAGGUCAUAGUGCCCAGUCCUACCCUGUCCAUUCCUGGAGAUUCGCAGGGGAGUGACGGGGAGGAUGGGCAUAUACGGAUUGUGCAUGUUGAAGAGGACGUGUUGAGGAGAUCUGGAGCAUCCCUGAUGACUGUAGAGGAAUCCUCCCCAGAGCAGAGACUGAGCUGGGGGCUGGAGAGAACACACCAGGAGCCUGACGAUACCUUUACAGGUGAGAAGCAGGCCACUGAUGCAUCUGAAGGCAUGGAGCACAUCCAGGAAGGAGACAAGGUGAUUCAAUCCCUCCAAAGGCCUGCCACCAAGGACGUAGUGGGCCUCUCUCUCCCAGCAGGAGGGACCAUGGAGGAAGCUAUUUCAAAGCCUGUGGCCACAGUCAGAACACAGACCCUGUCCCAGAGCAUGGAGCUCUUGGGACAGAGUGGGCUUGCAUGGCAGGGGGAGGACAGCCAGCCAGAGCGGCUGAAGACACAGAGCCGAGACACACAGGGCACACACAAACCUGCAGGCGACACUCCCACCACACGCACAGUCACAGACAACACGCACACGCUUCCGAAAGUCUCAGCCGACACAGUGGCCCCGCACACCCCCGCACUGUCCCAGGCGACGGGCGAACUGACCAAGGACAGACACUGCAGGCCCUCACCUACUGAAACAGCACAUGGUCUGUCUAGAUACACUGAGAGGGCCUCUGAGCACACGGUUGUGCCUGUGCUAGAGGAGAAGGUUAUAGAUCUCCAGCACACGCUCACCACACACACUGCCCUAACAGGGUCAAGCGGGACUGAAGGCCAGCCAUUUGAAAGGGACAGCAGGGACACAUCUGCUGAUCAGACAAACCAUACACCCACCCUGUCUGAAGGGACGUAUGCCCCCCCAUUACUGCCCACAGACAUUCCUGUUGCUCCUCAGCGUAUUCCCCCCACACAUGCACAGUCUAGCGACACACUCCCCACACACACGCAGUCUAGUGACACACUCCCCAGACACACGCAGUCCGGGUAUACACUCCACACACGCACGCAGUCCUCCAGACCCUCCCAGGAGGAUGCAGACGGCGAGCCUGCGGCUGCACCCCUGGUUGACUUUCGAGUCCCGGCUUCCCCUGCUCAGGCCUCAGGUGAGACCUGCUCUGCCAAAGGGGUGCUUCAUGCCUGCCGCAAGCAGGCCGCCCAGCUGGAGGUUUGGCUGGAGAGAGCGAAGAAGAACCUGGGAGUCCCGGCGCCGACCGCAGCCAUGCAGGAGAGCGUCGAGCAGCAGCUCCUCAACUGCCAGGAGAUGUUCCUGGAGAUAGAGCAGAAGGUGGCCAGCCUGUCGGCCCUGGGUCAGCAGACAGGCAGUCCUGGGGCGCACCAGGAGGCAGAGGCGCUCUCAUCCAAACUGGAGGUGCUCAAAACCAGCCUGGUCACCUUCCAGCAGCUACUGCAGGAGAGGCAGAAUGAGGAACAGGAGGUCCUGCGACAUGCUGAGCCCCCUCUAGAGGGCAGGUUGAAGCGCAGCGCCAGUGUGCAGGAGAUGCUGACCUCCACCAAGAGCAAACUCAUUCGCCAGAACAGCAUGCAGCAGCAGAAGGAGCUGGGCCAUGAGCUGAGUGAGCAGAGGGACCUGACUAAGGCCAUCGCUCGGCACAGCAGCAGGACACGUCUGCAUAGCCUGUCUCAGGACACUCAGACACAGGCCACCGCAGGGACCCCCACUGAAGUUCCCAUGGUCCCUGCUGAGGCUGAAGACGGAGCUAUGCCUCAAGAGAAGUGGGCCCACCUUGACACCCGACUGGCUGCGAAACUGCAGGCCCUGGAGGAAAGCAGUCUGCAGGAAGCCUCUAAGGUGACGGGGACAGCGGAAGAUUGGGGCAGCAGUGUGACGGUGAGGGAUUCCGGAACUCACACAUUACAGGAGGUUCAGUCUCAAGCCGCGCACCUUCGAGAACUUGGCCACAUCGCCGGCAACACGCUGGCGCAGCAGGUCAGCUCAGAGGGGGAGGAUCCCUGUCUCCGAAUGGAUGAGGAGGUGUACCAGGUGCUGUGCGGGGUCGACCUGUCCCUCUGCUCCGUGACAGACAUGCUGCUGGCCCCCUGUGGGACGUCCAACGAGGACACCCAGCUCCAGCUGCUGCAGCUGGAGAGUCUGACCACGGAGCUGACCACCCUGGGCAGUGAUUUGAAUAGCCAUGGGUCAGAGGUUACCCGUGCCCUGGUCUCAGUAGCGCCCAGAGCAUCUUCCUGUCUGGAUCAUCUGCAGGGCCGUCUCUCCAUUGUCCACACUCUCCUCUCCUCCAGACAGGCCCAGCUUCGCACACGCUUGGACCUCACCGAUCACUGCCAGAGAGACAUAAGAGGAUUGCAUGAAUCAUUGCUUGAUAAAAAGUUGCUAUUGAACCAAACCAUUAAUGAAGCAGCAGGUCACGACCUUGACAAACAGUUCCAGUCAGCUGCGCAGCUGCACUCGGAGCUGCUGCUGCAGGAGAGCCAGGUGUCUGCGCUGAGGGAGAGGGUGGACGGGCAGAAUCUGCCCACAGCACUGAUAGAGGAGGUCACCAAGCUGGAGGAUGUGUUGGACAGCACCUGGAGCUCCCUGCGGGAGAGGCGCGAGGAGCUGAGGGAGAGGCUGGGCCUGGAGCAGAGGUUCGAGGAGCUGCUGCAGGGGCUGGCCGGCCUGGUGGAGGUCGGCCGGGAGCGCCUGGCACGCACCCGGGGCCUGCGGGCAGGCAGCCGCGCCGAGCUGCAGGACCACCUCAGCAAACACAAGAGCUAUUUCCAGCACCUGGGGGCGCACCUGGCGGCCCUGCAGCACUUCUCCUCCCGGGUCCCAGACACUGUGCUGCAGAAGCAGGAGGUCCUGCGGGCCGGGCUGGAGCAGGAGGUCCGCACUCUGCAGCGGCAGGCCCUGGAGCAGGGGACACAGCUGCAGAGAACUCUGGAGGUCUGGACACAGUGGGAGGAGAGCUGCGGCAGGCUGGGGGCGCUGCUGCAGGGUGUGGAGUCCCGGCUGCCCAGCGUGGGCCUGGUGGAGGAGACAGAGGAGAGGCUGCGAGAGAGACUGUCCAUCUACCAGCAAAUGAAAGGGGUCCUGGAGGAGAGCAGGGCACAGCUGAGCCUGGCCCUGGAGAAGGGGAAGGGGCUUCAGGCUGGGGGGCCGCGUGGGGAGGUGGCGGUAGCCGCGCGAGAGCUGGAGGCGCGCUGGCUGGCCGUCCAGUUGAGGGUGGAGCAGGAGGGCCUGCGUAUGGACCAGCUCAGGAGGACCUGGAGCAGGUUCCGCCGCGACUCGGUGGCCCUGGCCGAGUGGAUGGGCAGUGCCAGGGAACGGCUGCAGACAUGGAAACGACACUCUGUCACUGUGCCACAGCAGCUGGAACAUGUCCGCGUCCACCUCGCACAAUUCCUGGAGUUCACCAAAGAGGUGGAGACGCGGUCAGUGCUGAAGGCAUCUGUGGUCAGCAGUGGUACGCAGCUGCUGCAGCUGAAGGAGACAGACACCGCCUCCCUACAGGCACAACUGACGCAGCUGGAGCAGUGCUGGGCCGAGGUGCUGUCCGCUCUGCCCGCCGUCCAGGACAGACUACACCAGCUUCUGAUGGAGAGGCUGCCAUCGCGGGAGGUGAUAGCAGAGCUGAACACCUGGAUCAGUGAGAUGGAGGCCAGGCUGGAAGAGCAGCAUGACAGGGUUCAGGACCACAAAGCUUCCACAGCUGCCAGCCUCACCCAGGUGCUGCAGCUCUACAAGGAGUUCAAGUUAGAGAUGGCAUGCCACCAGCUCUCUGUGGACUUCGUCAACCAGUCAGUUCUACAGAUCAGCAGCCCAGACAUCCAGACCAAACGCUACGACCGCACGAACUUCGCAGAGCAGCUGGGCGCCCUCAACGAGCGCUGGCUCCACCUUCAGGGGGCGCUGAGUAGCCAGACUCGACAUGUGGAGCAGCUGCUGCACACCUGCGCAGACAGAGAGAACAAGCUGCAGCUCCUGCGCUGCUGGGUGGUUGGCCAGAGGGAGAGGAUGCAGCAGAUCGAGAGGCCAGUCAGCCGCUCAUCAGCAGAGAAAGGCCUGAGGGAGUGUGAGGCAUGUGUGUCAGUGCUGAGGCGCGGACUGCGGCGGGUCCUGGAGCUCUGGGAUCAGUUUGAGAAGGGGCUGGACGAGGCGGCGCUCAUCGCAGGAACGACCCGCUACAGCCUGGAGCAGGGCCGCACCCCCCAGCUGUCCCUCCGCUCUCUCCAGGUCCACGUUGAUCAGCUGCAGCUUCUGCAGGACCAGCUGGAGAGGGACGAGACAGUGUGGGACGCUCUGAGCGGGACACUGUCCACCCUACGGGAUGUGGUCAGCCUCGCUGCCGCCCUCCUCCUGACCGAGCAGCUGGAGGGAGAGAGGGCACGGUGGAGGGCAGUCAAUCAGGAGUUGGAGGAUGACCUGCGGAAAUCCCAGCGACUCCUGCAGCUCUGGCAGGGCUAUAGCGCUCUCCUCAGCGCCGCUUCCCUGCGUCUCAAAAGGCACCAGGAGGAAGCUGGGAAGGUGCUGCGGACCCCGGCCCAGGAGAACACGGCGGAGCUGCUUCAGGCCCAGCUGAAUGCCGUUAAUGCGCUGAAGGAAGGUAUGAACGACGUGCAGAACAGUGUGGAGGAGUUGCUGGAGGCUUCACAGGACCUCACAGGACAGAUGGAACCUGAAGCUGCAGUCUUCAUCCAAUCAGAGAGCUUUCUUCUGUCGCGCAGUCUUGCACAACUGGGCAGGGUACUCGAUAGCAGAUUGGAGCAGCUGCAGGAAGAGCUGGAGCAGCUGCAGGAGCUCAAUAGCAGCCUGGAGUCACUGGAGACCCAUCUGAAGGACAGUGAGGGCAGACUGACCAGACCCUUGGACCCUGGCCACAUGGACGUUACUAAGGCUGGCCUUUUAGCACUGAGUGCCAUGUCCCCAGACCUGGAUGUCUUGAAUGAGCUGAGCCACAGGGUGGCCAUAAGUGACCCAGUGGCCCGCAGGCUUCAGACACUCAACAGGCAGUGGGCACUGGCUUCCUCCCGCGCAGUGGAGAGGUGCAGUGAGUUGCAGGCUGAGGCACUGAGGCAGCAGAGCUUCGAGCAGAAGUGUCAGAGCUGGAUGGACUUCCUUCAGAGCAUGGAGGACAACCUGGCCGUGGACAUCGCCGGCUGCUACCCUGGCCUACGGGAGCAGCUCCGUGUCCACCAGAGGUAUCAGGUCGAGGUGUCUAUUGGACACCAGAUACUGCACUCCGUCAUCAAUGAAGCACUGUUGCUUCUGGAGAGGGGAGAGGUGGAGGACAGGAGCGACUUCAUCCUGAAGCUUUCCCAGCUGCGGGAGCAGUGGCACGGGGUGGUGAGGCGGGCACAGCAGCGGAGGGCCCUGGUGGAGGGGCUGGUGAGGCACUGGCAGCUGUACACCCGCAGCCUGAGGAAGCUGUCCGGGCUCCUGAAGGAGGCGCGCGCCCUCCUGCCCCCACAUGGCCCCGUGCCCUGCAGCCUGACCCAGCUCCACAGCUCCCUGGAGGACCUCAAGCACAUGGAGCUGCUGUUCCACCGCCACCAGAGCUGCUACAUCCAGACGCUGGAGGUGGGCAGGCAGCUCUUCUCCAUGGGCGAUGCGCAGACGCAGGCGCAGCUGCAGACGGAGUUGGGGGCACUGCAGGAGGACUGGGAGCUCUCUCAGGGCCUGCUGGGGAAGAGGAAGGCCCUCACUCUCAACAUUCUGCAGACCUGGGAGCACUGUGAGGCCAGGCUGGUCGAUAGCAGACGCAGACUGGAGGAGAUGAAGGCCAGGUUGAAACGGUUGCUGCCGGAGCAACAGGAGGAGCUGCAGACUGCAGAGGAACUCACCAAGGAGGCAGAGGACUCCCUGGAAGACUGGGCUCAGAGCCUGACGGAGCUCGCCACCAUGAAGACGGACCUGUCCCAGUACAUCAUCGCCGACGACGUGGUGCUCCUCCAGGAGCAGGUGGAGCACUUGCACUGCCAGUGGGAGGAACUGUGCUUGAAGGUGUCCCUACGCAAGCAAGAGAUUGCUGACCGGCUCAAUGCCUGGAUCAUCUUCAACGAGAAAAACAAGGAGCUUUGCGAAUGGCUGACGCAGAUGGAAAACAAGGUGGCACACAAUGCCGAUCUCAGCAUCGAGGAAAUGGUGGAGAAGCUGAAGAAGGACUGUAUGGAGGAGAUUAACCUCUUCAGUGAGAACAAAACCCAUCUGAAACAGCUGGGGGAGCAGCUGAUCACCGCCAGCAACAAGACCAAGGAGACGGAGAUCAACGACAAGCUGAAGGACAUCAACGACCGCUGGCAGCACCUGUUCGACCACAUCGAGGCCAGGGUGAGGAAGCUGAAGGAGACGCUGGUGACGGUGCAGCAGCUGGAUAAGAACAUGAGUAACCUGCGCACAUGGUUGUCCCGCAUUGAGGCUGAGCUGGCCAAGCCUGUGGUCUACAGCGUCUGCCACAACGAUGAGAUCCAGAGGAAGCUGGCCGAGCAGCAGGACCUGCAGAGGGACAUCGAGCAGCACACGGAGGGCGUGGCGUCGGUGCUGACCCUGUGCGACGUGCUGCUGCACGAUGCAGACGCCUGCGGGAGCGACAUGGAGAACGACUCCAUCCAGCAGACCACGCGCAGCCUGGACCGCCGCUGGAGGAACAUCUGCGCCAUGUCCAUGGAGAGGAGGAUGAGGAUUGAGGAGACAUGGCGACUCUGGUGCAAGUUCCUGGAUGACUACUCGCGUUUCGAGGACUGGCUGAAGAUGGCCGAGCGCACCGCCGCAAACCCCAACUCCGCGGACGUCCUCUACACCAUCGCCAAGGAGGAGCUCAAGAAGUUUGAGGCCUUCCAGCGUCAGGUGCACGAGCGACUCACCCAGCUGGAGCUGGUCAAUAAGCAGUAUCGGCGCCUGGCCCGGGAGAACCGCACCGACGCCGCCAGCAAACUCAAGGUCAUGGUGCACGAAGGGAACCAGCGCUGGGACAACCUACAGAAGAGGGUGGCAGCUAUCUUGCGCAGGCUAAAGCACUUCACGUCUCAGCGGGAAGAGUUUGAGGGGACGCGGGAGGGGAUCCUGGUGUGGCUGACAGAGAUGGACCUGCAGCUGACCAACGUGGAGCACUUCUCCGAGAGCGACAUCGAUGACAAGAUGAGGCAGCUCAACGGCUUCCAGCAGGAGAUCACUCUCAACACCAACAAGAUAGACCAGCUCAUCGUGUUCGGUGAGAACCUGAUCCAGAAAUGUGCCCCACUGGACGCAGUGCUGAUCGAGGACGAGCUGGAGGAGCUGCACUCCUACUGCCAGGAGGUGUUUGGCCGAGUGGCCCGUUUCCACCACCGCCUCACCAGCCGACGCCCGAUGCUGGAUGAGGAGCGGGAUCUGUCCGACCGGGACACAGACCUGGAGGACUCGGUGGAGCUAUCCGGGGGUUCCUGGCAGGAGGAGAAGGAGGGCACCCCCGGGGACUCUCCCAGCCGGCGGGCGGUGUGUCACCUGCUGGCUCCGCCCCUGGAGCGCUCGGGCCGCGAGACGCCGGUCAGCGUGGACUCCAUCCCCCUGGAGUGGGACCAUACCGUGGACGUGGGGGGCUCUUCGUCACACGAAGACGAGGAGGAGGCCACCUUCUACAGCGCCCUGUCAGAUGUAGAAAUCACUGAAAGCCCAGAAUCCUUUGUUAAGGCCACUGCCAAAGCGUUGAGAGCAGCCUCUGGGAAGUCCGUGACUGAGCCCCCCAGCUGGCACUCUCCAGAGCCCCAGGACAGGAAGCGUCUGCACAGGGACAUCAUCCGCGGGCUGGGCUCCUCCCCCGCACACACCAGCACUCCCUACCAGCAAGGCUAUGCUAAGUUGAUGUCCGAGUGCAGUGGCAGCAUUGACAACGUAAAGAGAGUGAAGCUGAUCCUCAACGAUGACGACUUGCCUGAGGAGCAGGGCCUCACAGGGCUCGCCAAUGCAGAGAAGCAGUCAGGGGUGAUCGAACGCUGGGAGCUGCUGCAGGCGAAGGCCCUGAGUGACGAGCUGCGCAUCAAACACAACCUGCAGCAGUGGCAGCAGCUGAACUCUGACCUCAGCGAAAUCACUUCCUGGCUGGCCAAGGUACUGCCGGAACUGGACAGGCUGCAGAGGAUUAAACACUCCACCAGCAUACAGACCAUGGAGAACAACAUCAAGGAGCUCAAGGCUAUGCAGAAGGCCUUUGACAACUACAAGGCGGUGAUGAUCUCGGUCAACCUCAGCGGGCGUGACUUCCAGCAGGCGGACAGCGCGGAGGCCCAGGAGCUUCAGGAGAGCCUGCGCAACAUGAACCAGGGCUGGGUGAAGGCCUGCGCAGCCCUGGAGAGCUGGGAGGCACACCUCCAGAACACACUAAUGCAGUGUCAGGAGUUCCAUGAGACGCUGCACUCUCUGCUGCUGUGGCUGGCCCACACCGAGAGCCGGCGCUUCGCCGUCAACAUCCACGACCCGUCAGUGGAGCGGUCCGUGCUGCGGGAGCACAAAGCCACGCUCAUGGGUCUGGAGGAGGAGCUGCUGGAACGGCAGAGGCAGGUAUCGUCACUGCAGGAGAUCUCCUCUCAGCUGCUGCUGGAGGCCGUUGGCGAGGACAGCACCGAGGCCAAGGAGAAGGUGCACGUCAUCGGCAACAAGCUGCGGCUGCUGCUUCGCCAGGUGGCCCACGACCUGCGGACGGUGCAGGGCCGGCUGGAUUCAUGCUCUCCAAGCGGGGUGACAGCAGAGGGUGACUACAGCGGUCUUGGAGCAGUCGGCAGCCAGCUUUCGCCCUCAAAGGAGGCGACAGGAGAGAGAACAGCUGGAGCGAGACCCCCAGGAGGCAGAAGGGCUGAGAAGAGGGAUGCGUCCCCACCGAGGUCCUUCUUCUACCGGGUCCUGCGUGCUGCUGUCCCCCUCCACCUCCUCUUCCUGUUGCUGCUGGUGCUGGCCUGCCUGGUCCCUCUGUCGGAGGAAGACUACAGCUGCGCCCUCUCCAACAACUUCGCCCGCUCCUUCUACCCCAUGCUGCACUACACCAACGGCCCCCCACCCACAUGAGCAGUCCUCACCCCUCUCCCAGCCCCCUAACUCCUCUACGGGAUGGCAGAAUCCUAUAGCUGCCCCUUCUGCGCUCUCUCAUGUCAAGAGACACAGCGAAUAGUGCAGCUGUCAAAAAGAGUAGCGUGGUUUCAUGUGUACACAUAUAUAGAUUUAGAGAUUAUAUGGAGGAAUCCAGUUCUCUGCUGGAGCAACAAAAGCCAUGCUGUUGGUGCAGUUCCAACGUAAAUUUAGCAUUGAAGUGUAUUGUUUUUUUCCCAUGCAAAAUAUAUUGAGUGUAUGUGGGAUCAGCUUUAGGCAUGGUCACUUGUCCAUGAAAAGAAAAGAUUUUUGUAUUUAUUUUUAAAAUAGACUCUUUUUAACCUUGUAAUUGUGUUUAGUUUAUAGCCAUAUUUUAAGUCUGUGAGUGACUUCAGAGCAUCCUAAAAUCACAAUCAUAUCAGUCAUUUUCUACUGCAGCUACUGUUUCUACCCCUGUUCUGAGUUUCGUAUUUUGUACAUAUAGUUUGAGUGUUUUUGAGUCCAUUUGUUUUAGAAUGAUGUAAAAUGUGAAAUGUGACCCACACUGAAUGAUGGAACCUCGUCAAUCACAGAACAUCUUGUCAGCAUGGACAAAUCUGGCAAGAAGUGGGGGGGGGUGUGAAUGAAGUAGACCAUUAUUGUGAAAUUCUUCCUAGAGGUUGCAGAUCACUGUGUUGUAUUUAUGAGUGUAAUUUAAAUUAUGACAUAAUCCUGAGAGAAAUAUGAUAAAAAAAUUAAGCUUUUGAUCAAGUUAUCAAGUUGUCAGUGAAGGUGAACCUCCCUUGUCCGUUGAAAGGAUGGGAGUGUGUAGUCUUUUUCUACCACAGGUGUUGCUGUAUCUGUGGAUGCGCUGAGUGUAGCUGUUUGAAUGUUUCUCCUCUCCCUUCUCCGGCUCUGCAGGAUCUCCUCUAGAACGGGGGGCACUGCGGCUGUAGUGUGUAGUGGGGAGUAGUGGUCACAGCACUGGAUUCUUCACCAGCUGGUCAGGGGUUUAAUUCACUGGACGCUGCUGUUAAACCCUUUUCUUCUUUUACUGGAAUUCUUCUUGUGUAAACCCAGCUGGAAAGGGGAUAGGGAUAUAGUCAAUGUGAGACAACUCAGGCCCGUUGUCAGAAGGUCAGGUAAUGGCAAUGUGAAGCUGAGUGACUUGAACAGCUUUGCAGACCUGGGGUUUCUACAGCUCUUGUGUUAGGCCACUUUGUGUGCAUGAAGUGUGGCUCACCCUGCAUAUCGAAAUACUUGUGGCUUUAAAUCAAAUUCAAGUAGCAAAAAGAAAAUGAUGUACAAAAGAAUAAUGUAUAACUGUUUUUGGAAAAAUGUACAUUUUUUAUAAACAAUUCAGCGUCAUUAGUGUAAAUAGAAUUUCUAUAGCAAGUCCUACACUGUUGAAAAAGCCUGUGGAGUAUAUAGAAAAUGAUGGUGUGUACAGUAUGUGAUUUAUAUUUGAAUGCUUAUUUAUGGGAUGUACAGUG